GCUCGUGCCGUACAUCAACGAGCUACGAUAAUCUAUCGCCGCAAGGUACGAAAAGUUACACAACACAGCGCUGCGAUGCCAUGCAUUUGAUCGUACGUUGAGUGCCGCGUACGUUUGUUUAGCCGUGUCUUCGAUUGUGUGACCGCUGGUUGCGUGCGCGUGUGGUGUUAAAGUGCGCACAAGAGCUCCUCGCAUUCAAAGCUGUGUCUCGACGCUCUCGGUACGCGCGCGGUGUUUCUCGGCGUCUCAACGUGUAAUGGUCGCCGUUCGUUAUCGCUAUCGGUAAGUGCGCGCUUCAGUUGCAGUUGCACUUCUCCGCGUAACGAGUUUCAAUAAUGAGGCAGUGCGUGCAAUCAUAAUAAGUGCGCGUCAUAAACUGGACUGCGAUCGGUUGCGUGUGCAGGAUUUCCUCGAAAAGCACAAAAAAUGCAACAGCAGCAAUAGUGUCUAGCGCAUAGGUCGCAGGUUUUGGAGUUCUCGUUGCUAGCAGACACAGAAAAACGUUGCAGUGCCGCAGAGAGAAUUACACGGACAUAAAUAUUGUGGCGACGACCAUGGAGGGCCCUAUCGAGAGAGAAACAGGAGCCCUCGGCGGACUCUUCCAGCAGAUCAUACAGGAUAUGAAGAAUGGGAUGCCCCUGUGGGAGGACCUCAUUGUCAAAGCUACAAAACUCCAUUCAACGCUCAAAGCGGCCAUCCUCGCGGUCACGGCCUACUUGGAAGCCUUCCAGAAGAUCGCAGAUGCCGCCACCAAUGCCAGGGGAGCUACCAGAGAAAUUGGAACAGCCUUGACGAGAAUUUGCCUACGACACAAAGCAGUUGAAACUCGAAUGAAAACUUUUACUAGCACAAUAAUGGAAUGCCUCGUGUUACCAUUACAAGAAAAAUUGGAGGACUGGCGCAAGACGGUAAUGAAUCUGGACAAGGAGCACGCAAAGGAUUACAAACGCGCGCGCGCUGAAUUAAAGAAGCGCUCCACGGACACACUGCGAAUACAAAAGAAGAUGCGCAAAGGCGCCGGCGGCGACCUCCAGAAACGUCUCGAGUACGGCUUGCAAGACGUGACAGAGCGCCGCCAGCUGCUGGAAGAGACCGAAAAGCAUGCGGUGCGUGCGGCACUCGUUGAGGAGCGCAGUCGGUUCUGCAUCUUCGUCGGCAUGCUCAAGCCGGUCGUGGACGAAGAGGUUGCCAUGCUCUCGGAGCUGUCGCGUUUACAAGAGGUGGUCGUUCAGUUGGAAAAGCACACGGCCGAUCCAUGCACGCUGCCGCCGGCCAGCGAGCAGGUAAUCGCCGACCUGAAGAGUUCUGAUAGCGGAUGGAGCUUCCAAACGCCGCCGUCGAGCCCGUCCAGUCUCGGCAGCCGCAAGUCUUCCAUGUGUUCCAUCAGCUCGUUGAACAGCUCGUCCUCGGGUAGUUCGAAAUCGCCGAGCCAUCCGUCGCAUUGGCAUCGCUCAUUAUCGCAGCCUGUAGGACGUAGUGGCACUGUUCGUUUGCCGUCUGUAUGCAGCCGUGAUUCGGGAUUCACAUCCCAGGAUACUUUAUAUCCAAGACCACCCUCAUCUCUAAGCGUUGCGCAGGUUUCCAACAUGUCUGAACACAGUGGAAACAGCAGCAGUUCGAGCACACCGUGCACGCCUUAUCCUCCAAGCACGGCCGUACCGAACUCGACGUCCACCUGGCCCAAUUUGCAGGAGACACUGCAGUUUGAACGCGCUGCAUCCGCCAUUAUCGGUGACCGGCCGCAUACAAUUUCUUCAGCUUAUGAGAAAGGCCAUCAAAGACCUGCACUUACAGUGUACACCUUCCAAGCGCCAGAUCAGAGUCUCUCGCAGCCGGUGUCACCGGUGACUUCCACCACGCCUACAGAUGGUAACGCCAAGGUACCACCGAGUAGCCCUGCUCCUUCUAUUAAGUCACUGAGCAAGCCGCCGUUGCCCACGCGUUGUUCCUCACUGGAACGUCCGUCCGUGCCGGCGAAGACUAUCGCUGGCAUGUCUGCGGUGCGUGUUUUACCGCCGACGACUGUCGCCGCUCCCAGCGACGUGCAGCACAAGGUCAUCAAACCGUCAUCACUGCCGCCACAUAUCGCCAAAGCAUUGCCGCAACCGACAUAUGUAAAUAUGCACGAAUUGGCCAGUAUGGCCGCCAGCAAGGCGCAGGAGAUGGCCCUGCCGCCUCCACCUGUGGAGUUUACAGCUGCACAGCCUCCAGCCACACCGGUGACCGUCGAAGGUGAAAGCAGCAACAGUGAGAGCUCCUUGGAGUCUUCCAGCGGUUACGGCAGCCAAACAACGUUUCCUACUGUUGAUUGCGAUGCAUUACACCAAGAAGAUUUAGAAGCGGUCAAGUUCUGCACUCUCCCCCGCCAUGACCCUUCGGGGGGCCCUCGCCGCCGUCCACUCUCUAUGACAGCCGUGUAUGGUUGUGGUACGCUGAGAGGAUCGUCGACCUUGCUGCGACGCAGCUCAAUCCAGGCAAACAAACCGCCCCCGCCGAUAAGACGCACGGCAUCAAUUACCAAUACUAACAAGCCGUUGACUCCAGUUAGCAGCGUGGAGAAUUUGCCGCCGCCGCCCGCAUAUCUAUUGGAGCCGAACAAAAGUCCCCAACAACAGCAACCGACACCCGUCGGCAUCAAUGUGGCGGAAACGAUAAAGGCGCUCAAUGAACAAAGACACACGCCCGCGAGUCCCAGUGCCAUCCGUCGGAUGUCCGCUUCUUCGCAGUCGAUCUACAGCACCGGUAUGCAGAUCCAUCAGCAGAUGUCUGCCUCGCAGCAGUCGCUUUUCAUGACGGGCAAUCAGCAUUCACCGGGUUCGCAGUCGUCCUUCAACAGUAGCGUCGGCUCGCCCAACCUCCAGAGUCCCAUUUUGAGCUCAUUCCAAACGAAUAACUCGUCGAGUAAACUUUCGUAUGUGUCGCAGUCAGGCGGAGUCAUCUACGCACAGCCGUCACCAUUGGUACCUGGUUCUCCAAGCUCAGUGCGACGUAUGGCAAGCGCUCGAUCGCAGAGCGCUGAACGUCGGCCCGAGGGACCCGGCGGUGUCGGUUCUAAUUUCAUCGCUGCGUUAAGCGCUAAACUUGUACCGAACUUAAGUCCUCGUAGCACACGUCGUCACAGCGAAGACCUGCAACCUAUGAGCCCGCCGGCGCACAUGCAUCAUCAUCGCAAGGGACCCGGUCAGAGUUUCCUCGAUUCGCUCAACGCCAAACUGACGAAUCAACAUAUCAGCAAUAACUCGCCGCAGGCGCAGCACAAAGCGUCUAAAAUUAGGCAAAUGAUAAAUAGCCGCGCGCAGCCUGAUCCUAAACUGUGCCACGAGUCACUGAUGGAUCAGAUUAAACGCGGCGCGACAUUGAAGCGCGCAAAAAUAAUAAACGAUAGGUCUGCACCAAAGAUUUACUAGCAGGCCCCACAGCGGAACGAAAAGACUUAUUAAUAAAACCGUCAAUUUGUCGGGCGACUCUUCAAAGAGGAAUAUUUACGGAUAUUUAGUUAGGUAAACAUAAAGCAAAGCAAAUAAACGUUCGACUUUAUCAAUUACAAUUGUCAAGUUAUUAACGAUAAUAUUUACACAAAUAUCUAAAUGUUGGCGAUGUAAGGAGACGGCUCAGAACUUUGCAGAAUCAUUUACAUUCCCUUUUGAUGCAUUUACAAAAGUUUGAAGCAGAGCCGGAGAGCAUUAGAACGUUCGCAAAAGUAUUAAAGCACAGUCACGUUUGGCCAUCGCUUAGUUCUAAGUCAUUUACAAUUUCGAAACGUCCAAAACAAAAUGAAAUGAGAAGUAGGCAAGAGGAUGCGCAAGCGGUGAACAUUGACUGACGAUUAUUUUUGUAUUCAUCGUACAUAUGAUUAGCUAUUAGUCCUGUUGAAUAGUAGCGCAAACUUAACUUAGUUAGGUGACUGUACUUCCUCCCUCCCCAUUUUCAACACGUACAUAUUAUACAUACUAUUAAACACUAACGUAAUUGUUCAACUUGGAGUAUUAUUAUAAUUUAAUGUUAGGCGAUAGUAGAACAUUAACUUAUUUCUAACUGUACAUAUGCGUUUGGAAGAUUACGAUUGCGAUAUGUUUUACUGCGAUUUGUACAUUUGUACAAUGUACAUAGUUUUAUUUAUUCUAUUGUUUAGCUAGAAUUUAAGUUCAGACGUAGGCUACUGAUUAACGGAUAACAUGUAAACGAGAUUCAUGUGUUAUUAAUGUAUAUAAUCGAUGUGCCCUCGCGUUUGUAGACGUUUUGCGACGAAAUGUGCAUCUUCCUGUAGAUUAUUUUCUUCAGUUUUGCGAACAGUAUUUGCUUAUGUUGUGUUGUGUACUAUGAAAUAUUAAAAUAAACAAAAUAUAAUAACGCA